CUGUUCUAGCUUCUCCAUUUUCCAUUCUCGAUUCCCCAUCCAAUGCUCCAUACCGCCCACCCACUUCGUUGCCCACUCCCGGUGGCUCUUCCGUUCCAGCUGCUGCGAAAGUUCCAACGCGACAGCAGCCACAUAAUUAGCCUGCAUAUGAAAACAUUUUAGAGGUUUCGAGCCGUGUUCGUUUCGAAUCGUUUUGCCAACUUCCGUUCGCUUCUGCUCGGGAUCUGGAUGAGGGUGGAGUGGGCAGUUCGUGGAUGAUAAGCCGGGCACAUCCUCCGGCCGGGGACUCCUAUAAAUACCUGUUGCCAAUGGCUUUUGGCCAACAUUUAUUCACGGUCGCGUCCGCUGAUUACACAGUCACACAGUCCGCCGAACAAUUGCAUUGUGACACCGCUUGCGCUUUCCAAUACUCAAGCUCGCAGUUGUACCAGAACUAUGUGCCAAAUAAUGCGUUGCAUCCUGGUUGCCUGUGUGGCCCUCGCUCUCCUUGCCGCCGGCUGCCGGGUAGAGGCGUCCAACUCCAGGCCUCCACGAAAGAACGAUGUCAACACCAUGGCCGAUGCCUACAAGUUCCUGCAGGAUCUGGACAGCUACUACGGGGACAGAGCCCGGGUUCGGUUCGGAAAGCGGGGAUCGCUGAUGGAAAUCCUGAGGAAUCACGAGAUGGACAACUUAAAUCUGGGAAAAGGCGCUAACAACGGAGGAGAACUGGUCCGCCCGUUUAAUGAGGAGGAUAUAUUCUAAAUCCACCCUAGGCGACCAUGGCAACGUCACUAACUCAUGAUUAUAGUUAUUAGCAUACGCACUUUUAUUUAACUGUUUUACGGGGCAAUAGUUUAAUGUGCUGAAAAACAAAAAGUAGUUGCAGCUACAGAAUUAAGUAUUUACUCUAGUCUUGAUGUUGGUUGAAUAAAUGAAUUACCCAA